UCCAUCUUUUCAAUGUUGUUGUUUUCUGUUGUACUCUAGGUGAGAAAAUAUUUGAGAGUAAGGAUCUUCUGCACGUCGAUAAUCUUUAAAAUAAACCCAAGUCGUGCAAAAAAUGACGGAGUACUCGCAUGUGAAAUCUACCAAACUUGUCCUGAAAGGUUUAAAGGACAAGAGAAAGAAGAAGAAGCACAAAGACAAGAAGAGAAAGAGGGAGGAUGAAGCAGAUAAAGAUGACGUUAUUGGCCGGUGGUGGGCUGUUGGUAAUUUUGGUGAAAUCACUGGAACAGUUGCCAUUGAGAUGCAGAAUUAUUCUUAUGUGCAUGCUCUGGACACUGGACUAUUCACUCUGGGAACACCUCACAAAGAUGAUGAGGGCCCUGAUCCUCCUGAGCAGUUUACUGCCAUCAAGCUGUCCGACUCCAGGAUAGCCCUGAAGUCAGGGUACGGGAAGUACCUGGGGAUCAGCUCGGAAGGCACGGUGGUGGGCCGCUCUGAUGCCAUAGGCUCUCGGGAACAGUGGGAGCCCGUAUUUCAGGACGGAAAAAUGGCUCUGAUGGCCUCCAACAGCUGCUUCAUCUCCUACAGCGAGAACGGGGACAUCGUGGCCGGGAGUAAGACCGCCGGAGAAGAGGAGAUUGUGAAGAUUAGGUCCUGUGCUGAGAGGGAGGUGAAGAAAAAUGAUGACAUCGCAGAUGAAGACCGGGGAAACGUGAAGAACUGUGAGAUAAACUAUGUGAAAAAGUUCCAGAGUUUCCAGGACCGCAGGCUGAGAGUGAAUGAGGAAGACGGUGAGGUGCUGAAGAAGGCAAGGACAGACGGGAAGUUUCACGAAGCGUUGUUAGACCGGAGAGCCAAGAUGAAGGCUGACAGAUACUGCAAAUGAGGAUAAGGGAACGCGUUGGUCAAGGAAUACCAAUAUCCCUAUGUAUUUAAUAUUUUCAGACAGUGCUGUGUUUUUUUGCUAUUAAAUAUUGAUAUAAAAAAAUGUCUUGUUAUA